UGUGCUUGACACUUUCCUCAACUUGCCUUGACAAGUGCCAAGUGCAUGGAAAAGAUUUUUACUCGGAAACAAAAAUUCCAAAUUGAACGUUAGCGAUCCAAACAGCCCGAACGAUCGGAUUGUAAGGAUGGACGGUCUGAAGUUCUCCACACCCGGUGGCGUUUUAAUCAAUGGGGCCAAGCACAUGACAGAAAAUCUAGGAGAGCUGGAGAUAAGGACCGACGAGCUGCUGAACGAAGCGGAGCAUGUGAACCAGGAUUUGGCCAACUGCCGAAUGUUCCGCGAAGAGCAGCUGCUGAAGCAUCUGGCGACGAACAACAGCGACGAGGAGCAGAUGGAGAUGCUGCGCGACAAUAUGGAGCUGAAAGUGACCGCCGAGGAGUUCCACCAGGGUAUCGAGCUGAUCAUGGACAAGUACCGGCAGCACUGCGAGGGCGACAUGUUCGUCGAUAGCUAUCAGCUGAGGGAGCGCUACAUGGCCCGGCUGGAGCAGGUCGUCAAGGAGCAGGACGCCCGGAUCGAGCACAUGGUGGAGGUGAUCAAGCUAACCGCCGAGCUGGAAGAUCGCUCCAGUGACGAAAACCAGGGCAUUAUACGCCAGUUAAUCGGCGAAAAUGAGCAGAUGCGACGUCAGCUGCAGAUCAGUAGCGCCGAUCAGAUCUUCCACCAGGGAUCUCUCGGUUCCAGCGAGAGCAGCACCCAGAUCGAGCUAAGCGCGUCCACUGAUCCCGACGCCUCCGGCACGAACAGCAUCAGCAGUCUGGAGAGCUUUCUAUCAUGCCUCUCGCCGGUCAACAUGGAUGAUGACGAUUGCUCCUCCAGCAGCUCGUUGGUGAGUCAGCUGGAGGUUAACCGCUUCAUCGAGGAAGCUCUGGCCGAGGAUCCCAUGGAGCUGCCGCCCAUUCAGGCGGAAAAGGCAGAAUAGGGAUACCAAACUUGCACACCCAACACCUAACACAAACAUUAAAUAUUGGCACUUGCGUUGAUUUACAUAGUCUUGACGUUGGACCCUCACCUUUGAAAUAAAUUAUAGUUCGGGAUGGGAACUCACUUUUAAUUUAGAUAUCUUUAGUGAAUUCCCCAUCCGAAAUAUAAUUUAUUCAACACCACACUUUCUGUAUGAUGUUUUCCCACUGUUACCUGUUGCUGUUUGUCACUUUCAUAAAUAUAUAUAUAUACCAUUUUA